AUGGAGAAAGUACAAAAUAAAACUGCAAAACAAAAUACGGUAUUUCGACUGUUGAGCUCUAAAACCCAGAACCUCCAACUAAAACACCAGUGAAAAAAAUCAUUUUCCCAAAUUAAUUCUCCGAGGAAACGUUCAAUCGUUCUUCUAGUCUCCAAAAGGGAUUAAAAAGUAUGACAAGGGGAAGAAUACCUGAUAAAUGGUCAAUGAGGGUUCUUUGGAUGUGUGCAAUUGGAAGUGCAGUUGGUCUGUAUAUGGUUGCUGUUGAAAGACAAAUGCAGAAUAGAGAUAAAAUGCUGGCUGAAUUGGGUUCCAUUGACCCGAAUAGCGGUUCGAGCGAAGAUGGUUAACUUCAGAGAAUUUCAUCUGUAUGAAAUGAUGGAGAAAUUUUGUGUUUUUUGGACAAAAAAUGAAUGGCAUUUGGGACUUGUUGUUUGAUCUUUAAGUUGUUCAGUUUUGAAUUCUGCCCUGUUUUUGGGUGUAAUGUCAAGAGCAUAUCAGAUGCACUAAUUUUGGAUGUUUCAGAGUUGUUUUCAAUGUCGAUCAAGAACUUGAUGUUUCAUGAAUAAAAUGAUUUGAGAUUUCUGAGCCUAAA